AUGAGGAUAAAAAGUGAGAAUCCUACAACCCACGUCUUCCAAGCAGUCUACAAGAGGAGGCGGCCGGGCGGCGGCCGGCCCCGCUAUGAGGUGGUGAGGGAGCUGGGCGCCGAGGAGGUGCGCUGGUUCUACCGGGAGGACCGGAAAACCUGGAAGCCUUUCAUCGGCUACGACUCGCUGAGGAUCGAGCUGGCCUACCGCGCCCUCGGAGCAGGCGGCCCGGCCGAGACGCGGGAGGGCGAGGCGGCGGCGGUGGAACCGGUGUGCGUACGGAGCGGGCUCUACGAGGUGGACGUGGCCAACGCGGAGAGCUACCCCGUCUACUGGAACCAAACGGAAAAGAUCCCUGUAAUGCGUGGACAGUGGUUUAUUGAUGGUACAUGGCAACCUUUGGAAGAGGAGGAAAGUAACUUAAUAGAACAGGAGCAUCUCAACCGCUUCAAAGGCCAGCAGCUGCAAGAGAGCUUUGAUAUGGAAGUAUCAAAACCUGUUGACGGGAAGGAGGCUAUUCAUAGUCUAAAGUUGAGUCGCAACCAUGUGGACUGGCACAGUGUGGAUGAAGUGUAUCUUUACAGUGAUGCAACAACAUCUAAAAUUGCAAGAACUGUUACACAAAAGUUGGGGUUUUCCAAAGCUUCAAGUAGUGGGACAAGGCUACAUAGAGGCUAUGUAGAAGAAGCUACGUUAGAAGACAAGCCACCACAAACUAGUCACAUUGUAUUUGUUGUGCAUGGUAUUGGGCAGAAAAUGGACCAAGGAAGGAUCAUCAAAAAUACAGCUAUGAUGCGAGAUACUGCAAGAAAAAUAGAGGAAAAGUAUUUUUCCAAUCUUGCAACGCAUGUUGAAUUUCUUCCAGUUGAAUGGAGAUCAAAACUUACCCUCGAUGGAGACACUGUGGACUCCAUUACUCCAGAUAAAGUACGAGGUUUAAGGGAUAUGCUGAACAGCAGCGCGAUGGAUAUCAUGUAUUAUACAAGUCCUCUUUACAGAGAUGAACUGGUGAAAGGGCUGCAGCAGGAGCUGAACCGGCUCUACACGCUUUUCUGCUCCCGGAAUCCAGAGUUUGAGGAGAAAGGAGGGAAGGUCUCGAUUGUGUCCCACUCGCUGGGCUGCGUCAUCACCUACGACAUCAUGACUGGCUGGAACCCGGUCAGGCUUUAUGAACAGUUGCUGCAGAAGGAGGAGGAGGAGGAACUUGAAGACCGUUGGAUGAGCUAUGAGGAGCAACGUUUACUUGAAGAACUUUACAUAACUAAACAACGGUUGAGAGAGAUAGAAGAGAGGUUACGUGAGUUAAAGGCAUCCACCAUAUCAAAACCACCUGUCUUAAAAUUUAAGGUUGAGAAUUUCUUCUGUAUGGGAUCUCCAUUAGCAGUGUUUUUGGCAUUGCGUGGCAUCCGUCCAGGAAACAGCGGUAGUCAAGACCAUAUUCUGCCCAGAACAAUUUGUAACCGCUUACUAAAUAUUUUUCAUCCAACAGAUCCAGUGGCCUAUAGAUUAGAACCUUUAAUUCUGAAACACUACAGCAACAUUUCGCCUGUCCAGAUCCACUGGUACAACACUGCAAACCCUCUACCUUAUGAGCAUAUGAAGCCAAGUUUUCUCAACCCAACGAAAGAACCUACCUCAGUUACUGAUAGCGAAAGUGUUUCAACUGUACCGAGCCCAACCACUUCACCAGUCAUGGUUCGACGCCACUAUGGGGAGUCCAUAACAAAUAUAGGCAAAGCAAGUAUAUUAGGAGCUGCGAGUAUUGGGAAGGGCCUCGGCGGGAUGCUUUUUUCAAGAUUCGGUCGUUCUAGUACAACCACCCCACAGACACUCGAGACGGGAAAGGAUGGAACCGAGGGGGACGACAAGAAGGCCACAACUGUUGGGACACCGCCUUUACCGCACAGCAGCUCGGGCUUUCUCGAACCCACAGUGGAACUGGAGCACAGGAUUGAUUUUGAGCUCAGGGAAGGUCUCGUGGAGAGCAGAUACUGGUCUGCAGUCACAUCACACACUGCCUAUUGGUCAUCUCUGGAUAUUGCUCUUUUCCUUCUAACCUUCAUGUACAAGCAUGACCAAGAAGAUACCGACAAAUCCAAUUUAGACACUAUUUGA